AUGGCUCGGAACCCUGGGAGAAGCGUGGAAUUGGCCCAUGUGAGCGGGCGGUGUGAGAAGGCACAGCCCAGAAUUGCCGCGAUUUUGGGUGACUUGCAGCUGGAAGGCGUCUUGAUGGACUUUGAAGAUCGGCGCAUCAUGGGAACUGGAAGCCGCCCAGAGGCGGAGGGCCACGUAACCCCCGCAGCUCUGCUCUUAGAGGGCUGGAAGCAGUUCACAAGUUCGCUGCAAAAGGCGACGAGAGCGAGAGCUCUCGCCGCAAACGAGCGCCGGCUGAAAUUCGAGCACUCUGAGCAAGGGACGCCGUGGCAACGGGGCUCCACCGCUUCCAGCGGCAAGCUAGGAGAAGCAGGCGAAAGCAAGAGCUCCAAGCUUAGAGAACGGCCGGAGCGGGAGCGGCCGGAGCGGCCAGAGCGGGAGUCGCCAGACCGCAAGGGCAGCCGGCGGCGACCUAGCGAAGAGGCCGCGCCAAGCGCCCACCUGCCGCCGGAAGUGGCGGAGGAGCUGCAGGCAGAGCUGGACGAAUGCCUUGACACCAUCAAGCCGGGACCCGCGUUCAACGCGGUGAACAUGGUACCCAAUGCCUUGAACAUGGCACUGAAUUUGCAUAAGAAGGUGGAGACUCCAUCGCAGGUUGCAACUGUCAGCCUGCAGGGCCUUCGAAGAGCAGACCCCAACAACGCGAGGGCGCUGCUCGAGUCGUUGAGGGCUCAUGGCUUUGCCUGGCUCAACUUUGAGGCGGAGGACCCGUUGACCCAGGCGGCGCAUGCCGCCCUCCCCGCAGCAGGAGCCUUCCUUGCCAGCAAGGAGGGAGCGGGCGCGGCGCACGCCAUGCAAGGCCACUUCAGCACCAAGCACAAGGAUGGCCUUCGUCUGGCCACCGGCUCCUGGCUACCUGCGCCAUCCGACGGCCUGGAGGAGUUGAUGGUGAACCUAGCAGCUGCGUUUGAUGCUGCGCAGAAAGAUGUGGUGACGACUCUGGCAAAUGUGCUUUGGGGUCAGCCCCAUACAGUGGCUGCCUUGGCCUCGAUGUGCGACCUGCCGCUCCUGGCAGCGCCGGGACUAGAGCAUUAUGGGCUGCUGGACGUGGUGCGCUACAGGAUGGGCCCAGACAGUCCAGACGAGGUGGUCUCCGCGCACGUUGACCCCGGGCUGCUGAUCAUGAGCCUUCCAUCCAGUACUGCUGGCCUUGAGUUGAAAACUGGCUCGCAGGUCUCCGGCAGUUGGCUUGCAGCGCCUCCGGGCCUCGGGGUGCUGUGGACGGGGGCGGCGGCACAGAUGCUGGGGCUGCCCAGCGGUCUUCACCGCGUGGUGGCUUCGCCAGAGAGGCAGCCGCGCGUGAGUGCCUGGCACGAGAUUUGCACCCGCGCGCAGCUUUGCGAGCCCAUGCUGCGCUCGGUGGAAAGGGCGAAUUGCCAGCUGAAGCUGGGCGGCACGGUCGGCACAGAGCAAGUGCUGAGGCUGCUGCAGGCGAGCGAGGACCACGACGCCGCGCGCUCGGCGCAGCUGAUGCACCGCAAGGGCGUGCCCGUGGGCAAGUCCGGCGUGCGCAUGAUUGAGAAGCUCGUGCCGCUGCGCGGGGACGAGCUGCAGAUGUUGGCGUCGCAGUCCGGACGGAACGCCAUGAGGGUUCCCACCAUGCAGAGGGGUCCCACCACGCAGACCAUGCCAAGCGAUGUCGUGGAGGUCGUUCCCAUGUAG